AUGGGCAAUGACACUCUCUUUCUAGACCCCUACGAUGCAAUCAGCACGAAGGGAAAAGGAAAACUAAGAGCAGGGGAGAUGGAAGAUCUCCUCGAUCCUUCCACCUCCUCCAACCCUCAGCAAUACCUGCCCAAUGACGACUUCGACUCUGCUUGGCACAACUCCUCUCCCGCCGGAAACACCACCCGCAAUCACAGUCAUAGUCAAAAUCAACCAAACGACCCCAACAUCGGCACAUACCACGGGGCCUCAUACACCCCUCACUCCACAGACGGCCAAGACGUCAUCGCCCUCCUCACCUCUCCAACGUUCCAACCAGCAACAUUCACAACCCCUGAAUCCCCGCAAAGCGGACUCUUCGAGCUAGACGCUUCCAUGCUACAGCCACCGCCACCAUCCUCUUCUGCAUCCGCCCCCUCUUUCUCAACAGAAACAACAAAAAUUCACACAUUCCCGCCAAACCAACUCAGCCUCAUCCCAGACAUCAACUCCAUUCUCUCCGCCAUCCAACAAGAGUCACGAGAACCACACCAACAUGGCCAGGGCGGGGAAUGGGACUGGACAACAAUACCCGGCAUAGCAGAGUGGUUGGAGGUUGAUGGGACGUACCAGGAUACGGUGUGGGGUUUCCUGAAACCUUUAUUUGAAUUUCUUAUUUGA